AUGUAUAACUGUAAUUGGGCAUCAGUUACUACUACGACUACGACUACGACUACGACUACGACUACUACUACUACUACUACUACAAGUUUAUCUCAAUUAUCUGUACAACAACAAACCAUUGAUAUGCAACAAACAUUUAUUGGAAAUUAUAAUAAUAAUAAUAAUAAUCAGUGUCAGACAAGUAAUAGUAAUAAUAAUAAUCCUUCAGUUACUGAAUUAGUCAAUUUAAUACCAAUACCAUCAUCUUCCUCUUUAUCGUCAGCUUCUUCUUCAUCAUCUUCAUCUUCAUCAUCAUCAUCAUCGUCGUCGUCAUCAUCAUCAUCAUCAGGUAGAACAAUUAAUGAUCCACAGUCAUAUUGGAAUGGAAUUACAUUACUUAAGGAAACAAUACCUGGUUAUUAUUCAAAUUCAGUUGGUUCGUCAAUAUUAUGUCCUAUUAUUAAUCCACCUAUUAUUUCUCAAACAUCAAUUACUAAUUGUACAAUGAAUUAUUCAAAUACAUUGAAUUCAUUACAUGGAUCAUCUUCAUCGUCUUCUUCUUCUUCAGGAAAUGUAUCAAGUACAACAGGGAAUGGAGCUACUAAAGUUCCACGACAACGUAAAAAAGAUCCAUAUAUUCCUAGUUAUAUGGAUCCAGCCAAUGGUCCUGAACCUUGUGUUGUAUGUGGUGAUAAUGCAACUGGAUUUCAUUAUCGUGCUAUGACAUGUGAAGGUUGUAAAGGAUUUUUUCGACGUUCAGUACAGAAGAAACUAGUUUAUACUUGUAAAUAUAAUGGACGAUGUUCUGUAUCGGAUAAACAAAAUCGAAAUAGUUGUCAAAAAUGUCGUUUUGAUCGGUGUAUUAAAGGUGGUAUGGCAAAAGAUUUGGUUUUGGAUGAAGAAAAACGUUUAGCAAAACGUCGUUUAAUUGAAGCAAAUCGUGCACGUAAACGUGCUGAAUCUGACAAUGCAAUACAACAAAGUCAAAUGAAUUCUGGUCCAAGUCCACCUAAACAAACUAGUUAUCUUCCUCCAACACCUUCUUCUCUUUCAACUGCUGUUUCACCACUUCAUCGUUCUCCUUUAAUAUCUCAACAGAAUAUAAUUCCAGCACAAAUUAGACAAUCACAAAUUAAAUCACCAAUGGUAACAACUAAUCAACCAUGUUCAGUAUUACAUAAUUAUUCAUCGAUAACCGCUCAAACAGGUGUAAUGAAUUUUACUAAUUUAUCACCAAAUGAUGGUAAUUCAACUCAACUACAUAUAUCUACAAAUCUUAGUCCAACAGUACAAUCUUCUACUAAUAAUCUUGAUCAACAUAAUUCAACAUCAAUUCAACCAACAAUAUAUGAUCCAAAUUGUGCUAUGCUUCCAUUAUUACAAACAUCACCAACAAGAAAUAAUCUUAUUUAUUCAGAUGGAAAUUCUCCUAUAAAUCAACAUGGUCAUUACGUAAGUACUAAUCAUCAUCAACCACAUCAACAUCACCAUCAUCAACAUCAACAACAUCAUCAUCAUCAUCAUCAAAAUCGUUCUGGUCAUUCACUUCAAGUAACAACAACAGAUUUAAUGUCAAAUAAUACACUUCAUUCAAAUUCAUUAAUGAAUAUAUCAUCUAAUAUACCAUUAGAUGAAUCAAAUCAAAUAUAUUGGACAAAUAAUUCAACUAUUAAUGAAACAAUUGACAAUACAUUUCAUCAUCAUCAUCAUCAUCCUUUAACUACAAUACAUAAUAGUAUUAAUUCAAUUCAUCAACAUCAUCAAUUACCAUUACAACAACAUCAAAAUAAUUUUAUUCAACCAAUUGUAACUGAUUCUAAUUGGAAUAAUGAACAAUUUCCACAAUCAUUAAUAACUAAUGGAAAUAAUAUUACACAAUAUUGUCCAGUUAGUUUAAUCAAUGAUACAUUAUCAUAUGAUCAACAUCAACGAAAUCAUCACCAUCAACAUCAACAUCAUCACCAUCAGCAGCAGCAGCAGCAGCAGCAACAACAACAACAACAACAACAACAACAACAACAACAACCGUCACCAAUGUCACAUCAAAAUCAUGAUCUUAAUUUAGUAAUGAAACAAACUAAUCCUAUAAAUAUUUUACAUUAUGAUCCACUUAUAAAGAAUAAUGAUGAUGCUAGUGAAAUGAAAAUUGCUAAAUUGGAUGAAAGAAAAUUUACUAUACCAAUUACUUCUAUUAUUAAUCCAUUUUCUAUGACUGACUAUUCAUCAUCAUCAUCAUCAUCGUCAUCAUCAUCAUCGUCAUCGUCAUCAUCAUCAUCUUGUUCCUUGUCAUCAUCAUCAUCAUCGUUAUCAUCAUCUUCAUCAUCGGUAACAUUGACAAAAAAUACUGAAGAUCCAUUACAAUUAAAUUUAAAAAACGAUGAUGUUUCAAAUGUAACAGAUGAGUUAUAUGUAUGGACAAUUGAUGAUCAAAAUCUAAUGAAUUCAAUAUGUAAUGCAUAUGAAUCUACAUAUUUUGAUAAAAAUUCUCCUAAUAUUAAAACAAUGCAAAAUCAAUUAUCUGGUACAAAUAAUAAAGAUAAUACGCAAUCAGGUGAUAAUUCUCAAUUGAAUUCAGGUGAAUUUGUAAUUAAAAGUAUCGUGGAUUCACAUUUAGAUGAAGUUGAACAAGAAGAUAUUCAGCAUGCUAGAUCAUUCUAUAUGACAACAUUUCAUGACUUAGCUUAUUUUAUUGAACCAGCAAUAACACGUUUAGUGAAAUUUGCUAAACAAAUUCAAGGAUUUGAUACACUUGAAACAGAUGAUCAAAUUCGUUUAUUAUGUGGUUGUUGUAUUGAUUUGAUCACUUUAAGAGCAGCUUAUUAUAUUAGUAAAUCAGCUAAAGUUCAAGGAUUAGUUGAUAAUUCAUUGUUGAUUCGAGGUUCCAUAACAACAACAACAACAACAACAACAACACCAACAUCAACACCAACACCACCACCACCAACAACAACAACAACAUCAUCAUCAUCAAAUUUAUCUAAUCAAUAUAAUACAACCAUACCACAUAUACCUAAUCAUCAUUAUCCAAAACUUGGUAUAUCUGAUGAGAAAUUUGCACAAUUAAUUCGUGGUAUAGCAUUAAAAAUGGCACGUUUAAACAUUGAUCAAACUGAUGUAGCCAUGAUGGCAGCUAUAUUAUUAAUGUCUCCUGAUCGAAAUGAUUUAUUGGAUGUAGAAACUAUAGAGAAUAAUCAAAAUAAUCUAUUAGAAACAUUUAAUCGUUAUGUGAAUCGUACACGUGGUCAAAUAAAACAAUCCAAUACUUAUCCAAUACCUAGUUCACAAUGUUGGCCAAGAAUUAUUAUGACAUUAACUGAAUUACGUUCAGUUACAAUGUGUGCACAAGAUUUAUGUUCACAAACUUCUGGUACUACUACUAAUACUACUAAUAAUAAUAAUCAGUUACCAUGGUAUUUUCAUGAAUUAUUCUUAGCUGAUGAAGUAAUAAACACUGUAGAAUAAACGAUAUUGAAGAGAUGAAAUCUAUUAUGCAUUUGUGAUGUAUUGCAUUAACUCAUGCUUUAUAUUUCUAAUCCUGUUUUUAACAUUCUAUUCAUGAAAUGUAUAUUGUGUAAAAGUAAAUACUUAUCAUCAAAAGGAACUAAUUCUUAUCCUCUUAAAACAUUCAAUACGGUUGUCAAAUGUAUUUACUAAGAAAAAAAAACUGUCAUGACAUAAACCCAGUAAAAACUUUAUUAUUAACUUUUUGACCUUAUCAACCAAAAAAAUUUAUCUUGGAAACUACACAUCAACAAAACUUUUUACAUACAUUCAAAGAAGAUGAAGAAGAACAAAAAAAGAAAAGGAAAAAGAAAAAAAGAGAAAAAUUAGAACCCCCCUUCCGUCGCACUUUAUUUCCACUAUUUAUUUCUUUAUCCAUUUAAUCUUCUAUAUAUCAAAUACUCUAAUGAAUGAAUGUGUGUGAUAAACCAAAA